AUGUCUCUCUUUGCUUCAAUUUCAUCAAUCUCUAAAGUUAACUCAACCAAAUCAACCUUGAUUGAUAAUAAAAACUCAAUGAUCCAAUUCACUGAAAAUAAAGUCCAAACUGGUUUAGUUAGUGGUUUAUUGUUUAAUGUUGCUGAGAGUUUAAAUAAAGCUGGUCUUUAA